AUGGCGAGUCAACAGUUUAGCGACAGACUGAAGGAGGAACUGCUCUGCCCCAUCUGUAUUGAUAUUCUGCAGAACCCCGUCACUCUGGACUGUGGGCACAAUUUCUGCCUCAGAUGCAUCUCUCGGGUUGCAGAAGAAACAUCAAGCAAAUGUCCCCUCUGUGGCAAAUCUGUGAGGAAGAACUACGAGCCCAACUGGCUGUUGGUAAAUCUGGUGGAGAAAGUCCAAGCUAUGGAUCCCUCUGAGAUGCCGACAGAAAAGGAAAAAGACAGAUGCGAGAAACACGAGGAGAAACUCCAUUACUUCUGUGAUCUUGAUGGGAAGCUCCUUUGUAUGCUGUGUCAAGAAACCAAGGAGCACAAAUCCCACAAUGUACUUUUAAUAGAAGAGGCUGUCCCAAGAUAUCAGGAGAAGCUGCAAUUGCAAGUCGAGGUCUUGAAGCAAAAGGAGAUGGUGAUAAAACAAGCAAAACCACAAGGUGAACAGAAGAUCAACAACUUCAUGGCUAAGGUGGAACUUGAGAAGCAAAAGAUCACUGAAGAAUUCCAGCAGCUGUAUCAGACCCUACAGGAAGAGGAGAAUUUCCUCCUGUCAAGGAUGAACUGGCUGGCUCAGGAGGGAGAUAGCGGGAAGAAUGUCUAUGUCACUGCCUCUGAGACUCAGCUGAACUCUCUCAAGUUGCAGAUUGAUUCCCUGAUGGAGAGGCAGCAUUUCACACACAAAGAGAUGCUCAAGAACAUCAAAAUUAUCCUGUGCAGGAGUGAAGGAUUUCCCUUUCUCAGUCCAACCCCUGUUCCUUCUCACCUGGAGAGAAAACUCAGUGAUGCACAAUCAAGACAUAAAAACCUGGCAAGUUACCUGAAGAAAUUCAAAGACCAUCUCAAGAAUGAAGGGGAGAAAGAUAGAAGCAAAUUUUUGAAAGGCAUGAGUGACAAGGACAUAACGAAAUUCUUUGGGGUUCCUGUGUCAUGUUCCAGCGAGGGGACCUCGGAUUCUCCAGUUCCCAUGACCUUUGAUGAAGUCACAGCCCACCCAGAACUCAUCAUUUCUCCGGAUCUGAAGACAGCGACGCUGGAUUUCAUCCAACAGGAGAGCUCAGAUGAGCCCACAGACCCUGAAUGCUUCUACCCAUUCCGCUGCGUGCUGGGCUUUCCAGGGCUCUCCAGAGGCCGCCACACCUGGGAGACACAGCUGGAUGGGCCCGGGGGCGGGGCCUGCAUGGUGGGCGUGGCCUUGGGACAAGCCGCCAGGAGGGGUUUUCUGGUCAUAGACCCCUUGACCGGCUUUUGGGUGCUUAGAAUAACAGGCUCCGAGUGCCAGGCUCUCCUGGAGGCUGGCGCCCGGGAGGACCUCCCCGCCUGUCCGAGGAAAGUGGGCAUCUGCGUGGAUUUUGAGUGCGGGGAGGUCGUCUUCUACGACGCCGUCACGAACACGCACAUCUACACCUUCCACACCUCCUUCCCGGGACAGGUCUUCCCCUUUUAUCGGCUUCUGUUUCCAGGCACACGGAUCACCCUGAACCCCUGAAGCUGUUCCUUUGCCUUGCCCUCCUUGUCCUCGGCGUUAACUCCU